AAAGAGAUUCUCUGUCCCUCCACUCCACUCAACAGUCUCUGCUGGCUCUUGCAUGAACUUGCGGAGUCUCUCAGAAAAGAGGAAGACGAUGGCCAAAAAAGCAAGAAAAAAGAUGAAGAUGGUCUCGGCCGACUGCCUCGUUACUCUCUCCCUCUAUUCCCAGAAACUUAACAUGAUGUAAGGACCAAAUCUCACAACUGAGACCGGAGUUAUGAUUGUUCAGGAUUUGCACAUCAUUUACACGCUUUCUGAAUUCCAAUGGAAGUUGGGAACUUGAGGUCAUGUGCAUCUCCAGGCGAGAAAAGAAUCUGAUUGAUGGAGACUAUUGGUGUCCACAAUAAGUCGGUAACCGAGGAAAUUGAGCCCUCAGAAUUAGUAAAGUCAGCGCAAGGCAUGGAGCAACUAAUUAUGGCAGAAGGCAGUCGAUGGCAGAGACCUUGUCAUGGGAUUGCCAACAUUAUUUGAAAAGCAGCCUGUCAUGCUGAGGUUCUCUUGGCAAAUACGGAGCAAGAACCAUCGGACUUCCUCCUAGAUGCCCUUUUUCCUGUCAUGAAGGGUCUCAGAGCUGAAGCUCUGCUCAAACAUUCUAAUGAGGAUGUCAGAGUUACAGUUGCAUCUUGCCACAGUGAGAUUCUGAGGAUAUCAUCACCAGCACAACCAUUUGAUGAUGAUCAAAUGAAGGCAAGUUUUCAACUGAUUGUGGAGGCUCUUUCCAAGCUAUCUCAACCAUCGACACCAUGUUAUGAAAAGGCCCUCUCUCUGCUUGCAACAUUUGCAAGGGUCAAGGCAUGUCUGCUAAUGCUUGACCUUGAAUGUGAGGCGCUAGUUCUUCAAAUGUGUCAACAUUUCUGGGUAAUUGUUAGGUCAAAUCCCUCUGCUGAUGCAUUUUGGGCCGUGGAACAAAUAAUGACUGACGUCCUCACUGAAAGUGAAGAUAUUAGCCCGGAUCUUCUCCACCCUCUCCUGGCUAGUGUGCUCAAGGAGAAUGAGAAAGAGGCACCUUCCUGUUGGAAAUUGGGAGAGAAACUGUUUUCCAAAUGUGCAGCAAAGCUGAGACCUAUUCUUAGGGGAGCACUUAAAGUGAAAGGCACCACUCUGGAUGAUUAUUCUCCUGUGGUGGCUUCUAUAUACCAAGAUGAAAUCUCCGUCAGCAGAAGCGAUCUUUCAGCAAUGCCUGCAGUUUCUUCGAGAAAGAGAAGAGGCGCACUGAAGUCAGAUGUGGAGCGUGCGCGAGAUGAGGCAACUCUGGUCCCCCGUGAUCUUAGAGAUAAGAAAAUGAGGCUGUCAACCAGAGGACGAAGCAACCCCAGUGAAGGCCCAUCCGGGAUAUGAUUGUAAUUGUUGCAGCAUAGUUUUCGUAUGGUGAUUGGAUCUGAUACCAUAUAUUUAUUACGUUUUUUAUUAUCAUAUUAUUAGGUAGACCUUCUUCAAUCAUCAUCAUCACCAUCACCAUCAAACUGAAGUAAGCCCUGCUGAAUUCUGUGGUUACAGUUAUCAAGGAGUGUUGACGCUCAAUUUCUUCUUACUUUUUCCUAA